CCUAUGACUCUACGGCGUCUACGCCCAUUGCUUUAUAUCAACCACUGCCUUGAAUCUCUUCCUUGUAUAAUUCCAAACGAAAAAGGAAAUCCAUGGAGACCAAUUCAAUUUCACUCGUUUAUUCUGUCUUUAUUUUCUCCCUUCUUUCUCAAGGAAGCUGGAGAAUAACAGAAGCUGCAAGAGUGUUCACAAUCAUAAACGAUUGCACAGAAACAAUAUGGCCAGCCAUAAUCCCAGGAGAAAGCUUUGAAGGAGGAGGCUUCGUCUUAAAACCAGGCCAAUCAAAAGUCAUCACCGCUCCAGCAGCAUGGUCAGGCCGUAUUUGGGGUCGCAGUGGGUGCAACUUCGAUGAAAACGGCAGUGGCACCUGCCUCACCGGUUCAUGCGGCACAUCCUUAAAAUGUGGUGCAGCAGGUAAACCACCCGCAACCUUAGCAGAGUUCACCCUUGGAAAACUAGACUUCUAUGACGUCAGCCUUGUAGACGGGUUUAACAUCCCCAUGGCAGUGAAGCCCCUGCACGGGGUAGGAAACUGUUCGAUAGCUGGGUGUGAUCAAGACCUUAGGAAGAAUUGUCCAAAGGAGCUUUCUGUUAAGUCCCACGGGAAGACGGUCGCAUGCAGGAGUGCAUGUGACGUGUUUGAUACCGAUGAGUAUUGUUGUAGAGGACUCUAUGGAGGUCCAUCUGUUUGCCAUCCAACUUAUUAUUCCAAGUUAUUCAAGCAAGCUUGCCCAACUUCUUAUAGUUAUGCUUAUGAUGAUCCUACUAGUAUUUUUACUUGUACUGGCACUGAUUAUGUCAUCACCUUCUGUUCUUCCAGGUCCAAGGCUGCAUGCACGUACCAUAAUCAUAAACUAAUAUGCAGUGGGUCCAUGGGAACUAAAUCAUUGCUCAACGGAUGGUGGUCUUUCACACUUGCUCUACUAUUCCUAAUUACUCUCCGGAGUAUGUAUUGACUAGCUUGUAAUUUGUAAACUUCCCUCCUUUUGGACUAGCAUACAUUUUUCAUUUGAAAGAAUUCAAGAGGUGGGGGUGUGUACAUUCAAGAUUAAUUUACUACCAAGUAUAUAUCAUAUAUUGUGUACGUACUUAUUGAGAAUAGAAUGUCAACCAAGAAUUGUACAUAUAUAGGAGUUCAUCUUUUUAUUUUGUUAUAUGAACAUUUGUACCGAA